GUGUUAUUGACGAACUCUGCCUCUGCAUCCGGCGAAGUGCAGAAUCUUUAUUUCAGAAACCCCACUUUAACCCUUGCGAGUCGUUUCACCAGAGGUCUUAAGAUAGACUUUGCGAAUGUCCAGCUGGUCACAACACGCCGCUCCAAGCAGAAGUUCCCCUAUUCGGAUGAAGGAGACCAUAUUCUGGUAUCCACAGAGUGAUGCCUUCCCCGGAAGACAGUGGGGAUACUCAGGCACCAAAAGACACCAGGACUCAGUCCUGCUCUCAACAACCAAGAUAUUCGACAGCUCGCAAAGGAAAAUCAAGUGUAAAGAAAUCUAAGAAGGGCAGCCAGCACAGUUACCGUGUUCGAUGGAGACAUACACUAAAUCCCAGUGUCACCCCACAGCGUGCUUCUGAGGACAAGAGAGAGUUUACUUUUGCGACGAAUCAGCGAUGGGCGCCAGUUCCUGGGUCAUAUAGCUUUGUGGACGAGACCCGCGAGAUUAUCGGUAUCCACGAAGCUGAGAAAUCGGAUCCGGAAUUUGACAAUGACGCUAACACCAACUCGGCUUUUGCUGAGGAUCGGUAUGCUUCGAAUCAAUCUCUUGAAGAAACCGACGAAGAUGCUCUUUCAGUCAAUGCGCCAAAUGAUCUGAGUCAUACAGCUUCAAGGUAUUCAUACACCGUGGAAGACGCUACAUCGGGUCGUUCAAAACGGCCUUCGAACUUCGAACUACCUAGAAGAAAGCGGACCACAUGCUCGGUAUCAUCAACUGGGACAACAGCAUUAUCCAAUACCGGUGACGUAACAAAGCUACUUGCGCAGGCAUCAGUGAAUGAGCAGGUGCUCCAACCUCUGAAUGCAGCUACUGAUCCAUCGAUGGGCGCCUUCGAUAGCCUUGGCCUAGAGCAAUUGCUUGACGCAAGUAAACUGCUAGACUCACCUUCCUAUGAUCCGGCUUUUGUGGAAUCCCCCAUUGCCCAGAUUGGAUAUCUUCCCUUCUGGACCAACGAGGAACAUCAGUCGUCAUCAGCGCCUCAUGGCCAACAGUCUAGAUGGCCAUUAAAGGAUAGUCACGAAGCCUAUCUGUUUCGGUACUUUGUGAGAGAAGUUGCGCCUCUGUUCGAUUUAUGUGAUAGCUUGCGUCACUUCGCUCGCGUUGUCCCUAAACGCGCAGCAUCAUGUCCGCCUCUUCUAAAUGCCAUCCUCGCCGCCGCUGCCAAGCGACUAAGCAGGAUCGGAGACGUCGAUGGGUUCACUGUUGAUAGGUAUUACCAUGAAUGUCUAAGGGCACUGAUCCCUUCGUUAUCACGGGCCACAGCUGUAAAAGACGAGGGGCUACUAGCAGCAACUGUAAUUCUUCGGUGGUUGGAGGAGACCGAUAUCCCAUUCUCCACAGCGAGCUCGCAGUCCCAUCUGAUUGGGACAAGAGUCUUUCUCGCAGCACAGGAAGAUAGUGGUGGAUUUAGUGGUUUGAGACUAGCUUUGUUUUGGGUGGCUCUACGUCAAGACAUCUUCAUGGCUUUCAUACAUUCACGACCAGUACACCCAAGUCUGCUCAACAAAAAUAUUGCGCCAGUCCUGGAGGCUGUUGCGGAUGAUUGCAGUUAUGCUAACAAGGUCAUUCUUCAUUGUGCAUAUUGUAUCCAAUACUGCUUUGGCGUACAAGAACAGCGCCCUUCGCUAUGGACUGAGCUUAACAGCUAUCUCGAGCAAUGGAACGAAAACAAGCCGUGGUGCUUUCAAUCAAUGGUACCUGAAGAAGCGGAUGGUUCUAAGUUUUUUCCAGAUAUCACAUACAUCUCUGAUGAAGUGCUGACUGGGAUGCAACAUUACUAUCUUGCACGGCUGGUCUUAGAAGCGCACAAUCCGGAAACUCCUAGGUUAGGUCCUGCUCGAAGGGAAGCCCUUGAAGCCGUGAACCAAAGAAUCAAGAAGCUUGUCCGUAUUAUCUGUGGUAGUGCCGAGUCGAACCCACAAACUACCCCAGGAUACGUUAAUGCCGCAAUCUCCAUCGUCAUGGCAGGUGAUCGAUUUACCGAUCGUCUUGAACAGGAAGUAUUAUACAACUUGCUGGUCAAAAUCGAAACACAGGCGGCCUGGCCAACCGGCGCCGCUCAGACUGAUCUGAAAAAUGCCUGGGGGUGGUCGAAAUCUCCUGAUAUGUCGAUAGCAGGCAUGCUGAAUACAGGAUCAAUGUAACUAGAUAGAUUUUAAAUAUGUUACGCGAGUCUACUCUCAAAUGUGGUACAAUUUUUUCCAAGGGUCAGAAUACUAGAAAUACUCAAAUCAUUAGUAGAUCCUUUGUUUAUAUUGAGAUCCCCAUAGGAACACC